AUGGCUAAUGCGACUAGGAUAGGCGAGCACAUGUUCGGCACUAACAAGAGGGACAAGAACGUUGCGAUGUGCAAGUCGGACUACGCUAAGCAGCUGCGGGCGACAGCCGAUCAGGAGCGCUCGACCACAGAAAAUGCUACGGGAGGAUCAACCCGUGCCUCCACGUCCUCGGUGGAGGCGCCGCCCGUGCGUCGCUCCCGGCAGCGAGAUAUCCGUGAUAUGACGGACCAAGUUGCGCAUAAUCGCCUUGAUUACCUGUGGGCUGCUGCAGUUGCAGAGAACGACCUCGCCUUCAACGUCAGCAAGUCGAAAUCGAUCCAGGCGUUCGUUGACGCGGUGAUCAUGUACGCGAAACCGUACACCCUCCCAACCCCGUACAAGGUAUCCGGCCCAUUGCUGGACAAGCUGAAGGCGGACUCCGAGGACCUGCUGCGGCCGGUGAAGGAGAGCUGGAAGACCAGCGGGUGCUCGCUCUCCGUCGAUGGAUGGACGGACAUCAAAUCCCGCGGUUUUGUGUGUGUCAUCGCGCAAAAUGACACCGCACCCGUCAUCGUCGACAUCGUUGACUCGAAGACCGUAAAAAAAACCGGGGACUACUUGGCAACGCUUAUUCAGGGAGCGAUCACCAUUGUGGGGCCGAAGCAUGUCGUCCAAGUCGUGAUGGAUAACGCUUCGAACAACAAAAACGCCGCCAGCAAGCUAAGCGCGGAUUAUCCCCAUAUCUUCUUCACCAACUGCGCCGCCCACUGCCUCGACCUCAUGCUGCACGACAUCGGCAAGAUCCCUGCGGUGAAACUCGUCCUUUCCCAAGUGCAUCAGGUCGUGAUGAUGAUCAAAGGCUCCGCCUCGGCCGUGGUCUUGUUCCGUGAGCUUUUUACCAAGCUCUCGUUGGUGCGGCCUGGUGCAACGAGAUUUGGCACCCAGGUCAUCAUGCUCGGCAGGUUCCUUGAGGUGAAGCGCGCGUUGAGAGCGAUGGUAAUCAGCGAGGAAUGGGAGGAUGUAGCGGUGGCACGGACGGAGGAGGGGAUGGAGGUUAGGAAGCUGCUUUUGGACGACGUUUUUUGGGACUGUGGGUCGGCCGUGCAUCGCCUCAUGACUCCCAUCUACGAGGUUCUCCGCGCCGUCGACACACGGGCUCAAGUCAUGGGGCAGCUGUACUGCCUCAUGCUUGAAGCCACGGUGAAGACUAAUGCGGCGGCUGAGACGGCUGCCGCACACUUCAUCAAGCGGACGGGUCUACUGUUGCCUAAGGACAGGAGCACUUUCCUCACCUCCAUCAAGGCGAUCAUUGCCAGGAGGUGGGACGCACAACUGCACAACCCCCUGCAUGCCAUCGGUUGGCUCCUCAACCCCCGUAACCAGUACAUUGGGGAGGUAAGGAAUGACAAGGAGAUUAGGAAGGAGGUGGAUGAGGUAAUCCAGGCCCGGGGCGGAGAUGUGCAGCAGCGCAUAACGCUAGCUGCACAGGUGGCUCAGUUUCACCGAGGGGAGGGCAGGUUGGGCUCUGACGAUGCCCGUUGGGCAGCAACUACCUUGGUGGAGGCGGGGCGCAUGACGGAGGCGGAAUGGUGGUUCCUAUUUGGUGGGGAGGUGCAGGCGCUCCAAGACCUGGCUGUGACGUCUUUGUCACAGCCAGUCACCUCCUCCGAAGUGGAGAGGUACUGGUCGGCGCUGGCACGUGUGCAGAGGCGCGACCGGAACCGCCUCACGGCGAAGAAGAUGACUGACGUCACCUUCGUCGCCUUCACCCGGCGGGCCCGUGAUGCCUUUGAUCGAAAGGCAGCCCUGCGUUCCAAGCUCUAUCAGGACCUGGGCAACGGCACCCUUAGGGAAGGGGCUGCCAUCAUCCCGGCCGAAGUGGAGGUGGAGGAAGGGGAUGCGGAGGAGGAGGCACCCGUGGAGGAGGAAUGCACCAUUGAUUGGUCGGAAUUUGGGAGCAUCGGCAAGAAGAGGAAAGGGAAGGCGGGUAAGUCAUCUAAAGGGAAGAAGAGGGGGAAGGGCAACGGUGCAUGCAAGGGAAAGGGGAAAGGAAAAGCAGGGGAUGCGGAGGAGGAAGAGGAGGCGGAAGAGAGCGGUGGGGAGGAGGAAGAGCCUGCCCUAAAUCCCAAGGGGCGAUAUGCCUGGGAUUGCAGCGACGGUUCAAGUGGGGAGGAGGAGGAGGAGGAAGAGGAUGACGAGGAGUAUGACGGUUAG